AUGAGAUGUUCAAUGUAUGCUGUUGUCUUGAUUUCUUGUAUGACGGCCACUUUUGUGUGUCUCAUCCUAAUUACGGUUCACUUCUCUCUUUCUCCCCCUCUCUUCCCAUACAUAUACACACACACACACGUUAACGUUGUACGUCAAAUUCUAUCCAAGAUGCCCAGACCAACUGGACUAUUUUAUAAUUUUGUGAAUCCUCGAACCGGGUCUUGGUGCGGUCAACACGCGGGUCUUUCCGGUCUGGCCGAUUCGUUCUACGAAUAUUUGCUGAAAGAGUGGAUUCGAACCGAUCAUGCGGAUACACAAGCACGUCAGAUGUAUGACGAAGGUUUGCAGGCACUGCUUUCCAACGGUCUAUUCAAACAGAGUGCUGCCGGUCACCUCUAUCUCGGUUCCUAUCAUCAUGGCACAGUGUCUUCGGUGAUGGAUCAUCUGGCCUGUUUUGCUGGUGGUAUGCUCGUGUUGGGCUCCUCCGGACAGCAUGAUCCUUGGUUCAGUCGUGGUCUGCAAGUGACCGAUACAUGCCGAUUGAGCUAUGAGAGUACCGCCACCCAUCUGGGACCUGAAUCGUUCGAGUUUGGAAAGAGUAUUGAAGCAGUGCCGAUCAAGAAAGCACACAAAGCCUAUCUACUCCGGCCGGAAACCGUGGAAUCUUAUUUCUAUUUGUGGCGGUUUACCAAAAACCCGAUCUAUCGCGAAUGGGCUUGGGACAUGUUCCAAGCUUUGAAGACACAUACGAACACCAGUAGUGGUUAUUCGGGCUUGGUCAAUGUGAAUUCCCUGGAAAACAAUUGGGACGAUGUGCAACAGUCGUAUUUCCUGGCUGAAACCCUCAAGUAUUUAUAUUUGAUUUUCUCGGAGGACACUCUGUUUCCCUUGGAUCGAUGGGUAUUCAACUCUGAGGCUCAUCCGUUGCCCGUGCAUAAUCGAGUAAUACUGAGUGAUAUAAAAUGGUCCUCAUUACCCCUCCCUCCUCAACCUCCGGUCUUGGAUAAUCCACCUGGUUGA